AUGUGUCUGUGUCUCUGCUGGCUGGGCUGUGUCUCUUUACAGCAACUGUGUGCCAGAAAUAUGGCUACAGACUGGCUUGGGAGCAUUGUGUCAAUUAACUGUGGAGAAAGCUUGGGAGUCUACCAAGGAAGAGUGUCGGCUGUGGAUCAGGUCAGCCAGACCAUUUCCCUGACACGGCCCUUCCAUAACGGGGUCAAAUGCCUCGUGCCAGAAGUCACCUUCAGGGCAGGUGACAUUACUGAGCUGAAGAUUCUGGAGAUCCCAGGGCCAGGGGACAGCAGAAAAUGUGGGGAUCUGCAGCAGAUGGAAACAGGCAUCCCUGGGGUUGGGUGCCAGGUGGGGCCCAGUCAGAACGGCACCGGGAAAGUGUUAAAGAAGCCCAUCUCCAGCAGUGCUCCACAGAAUAUCCCAAGGAGAACAGACAUGAAGAAUCAGGAUAUUAUCAUCUCUCCACAGCAGCAGUGCUCCAAGAGCUACAUGGAUCGACACCUGGAAGCGCUGACUCAAUCCAAAAGCUUCCGUCGCAGGCACAAUUCCUGGUCAUCCAGUAGCCGUCAUCCGAACCAAGUGACUCCGAAGAAGAGCGGCCUGAAGAACGGGCAGAUGAAGAGCAAGGACGACGAGUGCUUUGGGGACGACAUCGACGAAAUCCCAGACACUGAUUUUGAUUUCGAAGGGAACCUGGCCCUUUUUGACAAGGCAGCUGUGUUUGAAGAGAUUGAAACUUAUGAGAGGAGGAGUGGCACCCGUUCCCGGGGCACCCCCAGCGAGAAACCAGCUCGCUAUCGGCACGACGAGAACAUCUUGGAAUCGGAGCCCAUAGUCUACAGAAGGAUUGUGGUACCUCAGAACGCUAACAAAGAAUUCUGCACGGACUCCGGGCUGGUGGUUCCAAGCGUGUCCUAUGAGCUCCACAAAAAGCUGCUCUCGGUGGCAGAGAAGCACGGGCUGACUCUGGAGCGGAGGCUGGAGAUGACGGGAGUGUGUGCCAGCCAGAUGGCCCUAAGUCUCCUCGGGGGACCCAACAGGCUGAACCCCAAGAACGUGCACCAGCGGCCCACGGUAGCGCUGCUGUGCGGCCCCCACGUGAAGGGGGCCCAGGGGAUCAGCUGCGGGCGGCACCUCUCCAACCACGACGUCCACGUCAUCCUUUUCCUCCCCAACUUUGUCAAGAUGCUGGAAUCCAUCACCAACGAGCUGAACCUUUUCAGCAAGACACAAGGCCAGCAGGUGUCCAGCGUCAAAGACCUCCCAGACACCCCCGUUGACCUAGUGAUCAACUGCCUGGAUUGUCACGAAAAUGCCUUUUUGAGGGAUCAGCCUUGGUACAAAGCAGUUGUGGACUGGGCCAACCAAAACCGGGCCCCCGUCCUCAGCAUAGACCCCCCGAUCAGCGAGAUGGAGCUGGGCAUCGACGCCAAGUGGUCGCUUGCCCUGGGCCUGCCCCUGCCCCUGGGCGAGCGCGCGGGCCGCGUGUACCUCUGUGACAUUGGCAUUCCCCAGAAGGUCUUUCAGGAAGUGGGAAUAAACUACCACUCGCCCUUCGGCUGCAAAUUCGUCAUCCCCCUGCACUCCACUUAGAGCCCGUCCCGGCUCAGAAGGGAGAGAAGACGGGAGGAGGAGCUCUGUCACAUAAGCUGUCCGGUGGGUCCUGGCUGGUAAACUCAUGACGCCUUAAGGAUGUGAAGUUCUGGAGAGCUUGCCUUCCAGAAGAAAUGUUGUGUAUUUAAAAAAAAACAAAAAAUAGAAUAAUCAUAAAAUGAACCAAAAAAAAAAAAAAAAAA